GGUCUCAAAAUUUUACCUUCAUCAUUCAAAGCAAUGGCCCUUACCGCUCUCUCUGCUCUCGCUCUCGCUGCUGUUGCCUCCGUGGCUCAGGCGCAGUCUCUCAAUGUCGUCAAUAGCUGCAGCGAGGAUGUCAUCCUCUUCACCCAGACUAGCUUUGGUACCAUCGACAACUACGUUGCCGUUGCUGCUGGCGCGUCUUCCGACAUGGGGAUCAGCUCCGACUGGGAUGGUGCUAUCAACGUCGGUACGGGCUGCAACAGUGAUGCAUCCACUUGCACCACCGGAGGUCCCACUUGGGAUGGUGAAACCCCCUUCAGUCGCGCCGAGUUCAACUUUUACGCUAUCGCAGGCAGCGUUACCUAUGACAUCUCCUUGAUCUAUGGCUACAAUGUCGGUAUGGAGAUCUCUUCCGCCGACACCAGCUGUGACGCGUAUGCGUGCACGAUCUCCUCGGGCUGCCCCGUCGCUGGUCCAGGAACCGACACCUGCUACUCUCCGUGCUGCUCCUCCGCUGACGCAUGCAGCGGUGGCGCCCUCCCUGCCAGCGGGGGCGGCUGCACCGACAACGCCGGCCCCGGCCCCAACAGCCCGUUCUACUAUGACACUUGCCCGAACGCGUACGCGUUCCCCGACAACGAUGGUGCUGACGGAUACACUCCCGCUGACAAUGUUGACUACACCUGCGGCAACACCGCUAUCACGCUCACGCUCUGCCCUGGCACGACCUCCGACAUUCCCAAGUAA